AGAAACAAAUGCCUGUGUUAUGACAGCUUUUAAUAAUAUAUAAACAUCAGGGAUAUAAAGAGUAUUCAAGGUUCAUCAUACAUGAAAUACUUGCCACUGGACAGACUUUGUGGUAAACAAACCCUACGACUGCCAUGAACUCGCUGAGAAACUUGACUCGCUGCCGCAGAAGUAUUCACGAACUGUUAUUUUCACUGCAACAAUCCAGACAGUUUGUAACAGUCCACACUGGAAUAUUUAAUAAGAUAAGCAGCCACAAGAAGAGUAGCAAUAUUGUACAUGUUCCAGUUAAUGUCAAUUUACCUCUGACAUGGAGUGUGUGUUGUUAUGCAAAGAAAGCUGGCAAGGAGAAGAAAGGAAAAAUAUCAUCUAAAGUAGUAAAAGUACAACUGACUCAAAAUGAAAUUGGAGACAUUUUAAAUUUAGACUCAGUGAAACAAAGUAUGCAAGAUGUUGUGGACAAAUUAAAGGAUGACUAUCUUCAUGUUUUGAAUAUAAGGACUACAACAGGAGCGUUUGAAAGAGUUGUAGUGCAUACUGAUGAUGGAAGAUUCAAGUUAAGUCAAUUAGCCCAGAUAGAGAAGAAGAGUCCACAACUUAUAAUGGUUAAUAUGUCAUCAUCACCUCAGUACACCAAACAAGUUCUUAAAUCUUUAUCAGAGACAGGUAUGAAUGUUAAUCCAUAUAUGGAAAAAACCACAAUAUUUGUACCUAUUCCAAGGGUAACUAGGGAACAUAGAGAAAAAUUAGCAAAGGAUGCAAAAAAAAUGUUUAAUCAAACAAAGACACAUCUGGAUGGUUUAUAUGCAAAACACACAAAGACUGUAAAUUCUAAGAAGAAAACACAUAGUGAAGAUUUGAUAAGGAAUUUAAAUAAUAUGAUAUUAGACAUUAAGCAAGAGAGGACUGCCGAAUCUGAAAAAUUAAUGGAAGCCAAACAAAAGGAACUACUAGGAGAGUGAAUUAAUUAAAUGAUGCUCUGCUAUUUCAAAAAUCUCAAAAUGUGUAUGGAUGGAGAGAUAAGUUUUCUUUACCAGUGGACUUUCAGCUAAGAAGUGAUUCUAACUGACAACAAAAGUAGUUGUUAUGAAAUAAAAUGCACAACAGUCA